CAACCUGGUAUUUUCGUGGAUGGAUGUUUUGGCUUUGAUGAGCACAUUUUUCUUUAUUUAAUAGUUUCAAUGAUGAUAAAUAUUUGUCGGAUAUCUAUCCGAAGGUCAAUACUUCCUUCUGCCAUAAAGUAUGUUGGCGUUACGAAACAAAAUGUAUUCGCUGAUCUUGUUCCAAUGGCCAAAUUCAGUAUAUGGCAUACAAGCCAUUGUAAAUAUUUUAGUCGAUCAUCGUUUUUGAAUCAAAAUGAACAACAGUUCUGCCGUCCAAUCAGCACCAGUUCAUGUCGCACAUUCAUGUCCAAUCAUGAGGUAUCAGAAGGAGCUAAAAUUUACCAUGGUGGAAUAUCAAAGAGAGUGCGAUUUGUCAAAUUCUUCUCAGCAUCAACCAGUAUCUGUAGUCUGGCUCUCUUCCCAGCCCUCCUGCUGAGCAAUGAUACAGGCGGAUUUGGGAUUUUAGGCGUAGUUGCCGGAUCGAUGGCCUCUGUUAUGUUCUUCACUCCAUUUUUUCUCCAUUACUUCACAAAAGGCUAUGUUACAAAAAUGUUUUUAAACUAUGAAACGAAUGUGUACACGGCAUAUACCAUCAGUUUCUUGUUACGGGAUCUUAAACAUGAAUUCCAUCAGAAGGACGUCCAAGUACCGAGCGUGGCAAAUUUGUUUACAUCUUUUAAAGCUAAUGGGAGAUCGUUCAUGGUGGAUACGCAGAGUUUUAACAGUGCUAAUGACUACGCUCAUCUGAUGGGGUAUGACAAGCUGCCUGAUAUGGACAUGUCAGAACUUCUCAAUGAUAAAGAGAAAUGAUAAACAUAUCAAUUACACUAAUUGUGAUCAGUAAAUCAUUCUAUUGUCUAAAACAAAUACAGUGUUCGCAUACUAGAACAUACUGUGUACACAUAGAAUAUAGCACUGCUAUAUAACUAAAAGUAUUCAAUGUCUUCACAACAGUGUUGCAUAGAAAAGUGUGCAUCCAGCCAAAUUGCUGUGCAGACAUUUAAGAGUUUGCCAUUGGAGGCAGUUGUAGUAGAACAACUCACAAGCCUGCUGAAUUGCAUAGAGAAUUGGUCUACUGUGCAGCAUAGGCUUAGCCAGCGAGCCGUCUAUUGGACGGCCUACAAUUAUUUAGGGCGGCCACUUUUAACGCGACAGCUUGGUCUAAUCAGCUCAGCCUAGCCUAAUUGGGCCUGGUCUACCUUUAGUAAAUACUUUAUAUUCUUCAAAUCUAAUGAAUUUUACAUAAAACUAAAGCUAAAUCAUAUUUACGUUUGAUAAAAACAGCAUUUAUUGAUUGACUGUACAUUGAUUUCGAAAGGUCCACUGAUUAAUCUCAGAUAAGAAAGUAUAAUACAUACUCCAAGUAUUGAAAUAUACGCCAUCGUUUUGGGAUUCAAUAUUUCGACAUUAAUUAUGUCAACAUCAGGAAAGUACAUUGAUUUCGUUCCAGUAUUCAGUGAGGAUUCCCAAAGAUGGUCGUGGCCCGCCCAUCGGGUCAGUGCCACAUCCACUGGCUUUCAUUUUGGAUGGCCUAUUACGUUUUUCUGUCUAAACCCCUGCUCCUAUGCAGUCAUAGAAACUUAUAUUUAUUACCGUGAUGGAGACAUUUACGAUUUGAAAGCCAAAUAAUGAUACAAAACAAUGUAUAAAUAUUUCCAUAACAUAAAUUUAAUAUGAAAUAAAGCAAGUUCAGUUGAUUGGAACAUAUUAUCUAAUUGUCUUAUUAGCAAUGAACAAAACAUCAUACAACAAAUUUAUAUGACCACAUUUGUAACUUUUGGUUUCAAAGCAGCUGUUAUGUUACUUUAAUACUAUAAUAAACAUCGUGUACAUCAGUCUUAAAAUUUAAUUUUGAUUGGAUGUUAUUUUAUGUAUGGAUGGAAUUAAGACAGUAACAUCAUAAUUAAUUGAUUAAAUACUGGUGUAACAAUA